CUCAAAAGCAUGGCCCAGAUAUUAUCGAUGAUGACAACAAAGACAACAUCACCAUCUUCACACGCAUCCUGGACCGGCUGCUGGAUGGAUAUGACAACCGACUGAGACCUGGGCUUGGAGAUACAGUAACUGAAGUAAAGACCAACAUUUAUGUAACAAGUUUUGGGCCUGUCUCGGACACAGACAUGGAGUACACAAUUGAUGUUUUCUUCCGGCAGUCCUGGCGAGAUGAGAGGCUAAAGUUUGAUGGCCCCAUGAAGAUCCUCCCCCUCAACAACCUGUUGGCCAGCAAGAUCUGGACACCUGACACCUUUUUCCACAAUGGCAAGAAAUCGGUGGCUCACAACAUGACCACACCCAACAAGCUUCUUCGACUGGUGGACAAUGGUACCCUCCUUUACACCAUGAGAUUGACCAUUCAUGCGGAGUGUCCGAUGCACCUGGAGGAUUUCCCAAUGGACGUGCAUGCCUGUCCCCUGAAGUUUGGGAGCUAUGCCUACACCAAGACAGAGGUGAUCUACACCUGGACCCAUGGGAAAGUGGAGGUGGCCGAAGAAGGCUCCCGCCUGAAUCAGUAUGACCUCCUUGGCCACAAUGUGGGGAGAGACUCCAUUGAAUCCAGCACAGGAACCUACAUUGUGAUGACCACUUACUUCCACCUUAAGCGUAAGAUUGGGUAUUUUGUGAUCCAGACCUACUUACCCUGCAUCAUGACAGUCAUCCUCUCCCAAGUCUCCUUCUGGCUCAACAGAGAGAGUGUUCCAGCACGGACAGUGUUUGGGGUCACCACCGUCCUGACCAUGACCACCCUGAGCAUCAGUGCAAGAAACUCCUUGCCCAAAGUGGCAUACGCAACGGCCAUGGACUGGUUCAUGGCUGUCUGUUAUGCCUUUGUGUUCUCUGCACUGAUUGAGUUUGCCGCCGUCAACUACUUCACUAAACGCAGCUGGUCUUGGGAUGGCAAGAAGGUUCUGGAGGCCCAAGAAUUGAAGAAAAAAGAGCCCAUCAUGCUGGCAAAGAAGACCAACAACACCUACAACAUUGUUGGCACAACGUAUGCCCUCAACAUCACCAAGGAGCCAGGCCUGCCCACCAUUGCCAAGAGUGCAUCAGCAACUACAGCCACACCUAAGCCUCCUGAGAACAAGAAGACCUACAACAGUGUCAGCAAGGUAGACAAAAUGUCCCGCAUCGUCUUUCCGGUCUUGUUCACCAUUUUCAACAUGGUGUACUGGGCGACGUACGUCAACCGGGAGUCGGCUAUCAAGGGCAUGAUCCCCAAGGAAUGA